AUCUAGUGCCUUCUCAAAACUUCAACUCCCAUGAUUCCACCUUCAUACGUCAUCAGCCUCGGUCGGAAUUGGCGGGUCGCAAAAUCUUUUGUCUGGCCGAGUAACGAGUGUAUUUCUGUAAAAACCUUUUCUUAAAACAAUUUCAAACGCCCUGGGCUUCUUUUUAAAUAAAAAAAAUCUCAUAAAUUAGCACUCAUUUGGAGUGUUGCUGUGCCGAUAUUUUAUUCAUCCGAAGCUCUUUUGACGUUGACAAGGAACCAGAAGGUUCCGCAGACUCUUCCCCGACGAUUAUGAGCCAGCCAACAGACAACACUAGUGAUGCUGCCGGUGUCACCUCAGAACCUGCACCGGCAACUGUCAAACUGGCAUCCACCGGAGGAAAGAAGCACACCAAGAAGAAGGUGGAGGAGGUGGUAGAAGAGGAAGAGGAAGAAUAUGUGGUGGAGAAAGUUCUCGACCGGCGGGUGGUGAAGGGCAGAGUCGAGUACCUGCUCAAAUGGAAGGGCUUCACAGAUGAGGACAACACAUGGGAGCCUGAAGAUAACCUAGACUGUCCAGACCUGAUAGCAGAGUUCCUGCAGUCACAGAAGAAGGCAGUAGAUGAGAAAAAAGAUGUGGGUGGCAAAAGGAAAGUGGGAGAGUCAGAUAACGAGACAGGCAGUGAAGACAGGCCUAAGAAGAGGAAAGAUGAGUUGCAGGGAUCUCCUAUCCUGUUGCAGGAAAAGCCAAGAGGCUUUGCUCGAGGAUUGGAUCCUGAACGCAUUAUUGGAGCCACAGAUUCCAGCGGAGAGCUGAUGUUCCUCAUGAAAUGGAAAAAUUCAGAUGAGGCAGAUCUUGUGCCAGCAAAGGAAGCAAACGUGAAGUGUCCACAAGUAGUUAUUUCAUUCUAUGAGGAACGGCUAACGUGGCACUCGUACCCCAAUGAGGAAGAGGAGAAGAAAGAUGACAAAAACUAAAAAGCAAGCAGAAAUGAGCAGCAUGGUUGUUAUUGGCAGAGUGGCAGAUAUUGGUUUGCCUUUUUUUUGUUUUUUUAAUAAACUUUUUAACUUUUGCCAUAAAUCUUGGACACUUGGAAAUUGUGUAGAACACAUACAGUGGUGGGGUUUUCUGGAGAUUAAAUAUUAAAGAGUCUGGAUAGCAACAGCAGAAACUCUUGUCCAUUUAAUCCAUCUCCUUUCUCCCUUUUUUUUUGUUUUCUUUUGGGAUUAUGGGAAAUGUAGUCUACCAAGCUGCAAGUCAAUGUUUGUCUUAGAUAUGGUUUUAUGUGAGUACACUCUUGCUGUUAUGAUGUGUUGUGAAGCAUAGACAUCAGUAUUUUUUUAAGCAAGAAUAAACUUAUACAGUUCAUUAAUA